AUGGCGGAACAAGGCUUCCCCUUCGCUUCUUAUGUGGCGAUCAUUCACCGCCCUCUCCUCCACUAUAAAUACUAUACAUCCAUCAUCACUUCACCAAAACACCACCAGUUGCCCAUCCCAAUACUCACCACCAUGGCAAAGUCUAGCACUUUCCUUCUCUGCCUUUCACUCUGCCUUUUCGCAAUUCUCUCCCACACUUGUGAGGGUAGGCAGCAAUGGCAGCAGCAGGGAAACGAGUGCCAGCUCGACAGGAUCAACGCAAUCGAGCCGGACAACCGCAUCCAGAGCGAAGCCGGUACCAUCGAGACCUGGAAUCCAAGCCGUGAGCAGUUCCAGUGCGCUGGAGUGGCCAUUGUGAGGCGCACGAUCGAGCCCAACGGCCUCCUCUUGCCUUCCUACAGCAACACUCCUCAGCUCGUCUACAUCGUUCAAGGAAGGGGCCACACUGGAAUCAUGUUCCCAGGAUGCCCCGAGACGUUCGAGGAACCCCAGCAGGGAGGGCAACAACAGUUCCAAACCGGCGGCAGCGCCCAAGAUCAGCACCAGAAGAUCCGCACCUUCCGAGAAGGUGACAUCAUCGCCAUCCCUGCCGGCGUGGCCCACUGGUGCCACAACGACGGCAACGAACCUGUCAUCGCUGUCACCGUCCACGACACUUCCAGCCACCUCAACCAGCUCGACAACAACCCCAGGAACUUCUACCUGGCCGGGAACCCUGAAGACGAGUUCCAGCAAUCGCAGCAAGGCGGAAGGCUGAGCCGCGGCCAGGACGAGAGGCGGAAGAGGCGCCAAGGAGGCUCCACCACCUGCAACAACCUCUUCUGCGGAAUGGACUCCAGCUUCAUCGCCGAGGCUUUCAACAUCGACGAGAACCUGGCGAGGAAGCUCCAGGGCGAGAACGACAACCGAGGCAGCAUCAUCCGAAUCGAAGGGCAGCUGGAGUUCGUGAGACCUCCGAGGAGGGCUCAGGAGGAGAGGCAGGAGCAGGGCGGCGGCCGCUACCAGCUUGCCAACGGCGUGGAAGAGACCUUCUGCUCGAUGAGGCUGAAGGAGAACAUCGGCGAUCCAUCGCGCGCCGACAUCUUCACCCCUGAAGCCGGGCGCAUCACCACCGUCAACAGCCACAACCUCCCCGUCCUCCGCUGGAUCCAGAUGAGCGCCGAGAGGGGCGUCCUUUACAACGAAGCCAUGCGGCUGCCGCACUGGAACCUGAACGCGCACAGCAUAAUCUACGCCAUCCGAGGGCAGGCCAGAGUCCAGAUCGUGAACGAGAACGGGAACUCGGUGUUCGACGGCGAGCUGCGGGAAGGGCAGGUGCUGACGGUGCCCCAGAACUUCGCGGUGGUGAAGCGCUGCGAGAGCGACAGGUUCGAGUGGGUGUCGUUCAAGACCAACGACAACGCCAUGGUGAACUCGAUCGCCGGGCGGACCUCGGCCAUCAGGGCCAUCCCUGCCGACGUUCUGGCGAACGCUUGGAGGGUGUCGCCGGAGGAAGCGAGGAGGCUCAAGUUCAACCGCCAGGAGACUCACUUGGCCAGCUCCAGGUCCCAGUCCAAGGGGUGGACGGGGAGGAAUGUGGUCAAGGAGUUGGUCAAGGACCUCCUCAUGUAAUGUAAGCUUUCAGAGCUUGCCCUGCAGCUGCAGUGCAGAGAGAGAUGAAGGAAUAAAACAAUAAUCAAUAAUAAAGUAAUAAUAAUAAUGAUCUAAAGCCAGGCCACAACUAGCAGAGUGGAGACUGGAGUGGAGAGUGAAUGUAAUAUAUAUCUAGGGCUAGGCUAGGGCCUACUUGUAUGAGCCAUGUCGAUCUGGCGCUAAUUUUGUAUCUUAUUUUGAAUAAUGGAUAUGCGCUGAGCUUAAAUUA